AUGGUGAAGUCUUUGUUGAUCGCGGGACUGUUGGCUACAGGCCUGGAAGCUUGCCAGCGGAAACGGACUUUCAACCACCAUGAUGGAAAAGCUAAACGUACUCUCACGCCGCGAGCACCAUUGUCGGCGGAUGAAUCGUUGAUCAUCAGCUCAUUCGACGCUAAUAGCAUUGAUGACUGGUCCUACUACUACACUCAUGGCCUUCACUUGGCGGGCACAAACAGAAGCCAGGCCCAGUGGACAGCUGAUCGCUGGAGCGAGGCAGGCUUCAAUACCAGACUUGACACCUACAACGUGUUUCUCGACUACCCGAUCAACAAGUCGAUGGUCAUGACUUACGGCAACGGCAGCGUCUACAGACCUUCGUUGGAGGAAGACGUACUGCCAGAGGAUCCUACAACCGGAUAUCCGAAUCGUACACCUACUUUCCAUGGCUACUCCGCCAGCGGUGCUGCAAGUGGAAAGCUCGUGUAUGUCGGUUUGGGACAACAGGAUGAUUUCCAGAGAUUGAUCGACCUAGGAGUUCCACUCGAAGGCAAUAUCGCCAUUGCUCGCUACGGAGGUCCCUUCCGAGGGCUCAAGGUCAAGAACUCGCAAGCCCACGGCAUGCUCGGUUGUAUCAUCUUCACCGACCCUGAUGACGACGGCAACAUAACUGUGGCAAAUGGCUACGCUGCUUAUCCCGACGGCCCUGCCAGGAACCCUACCAGCGUUCAGCGAGGCAGCGUGCAGUUCUUGUCAACCUACCCUGGCGACCCAACGACACCAGGCUAUCCCUCAAUCGACAACCCAGUCCGUGCGGAUCGAUCUUCUGUAGUGCCGCAAAUUCCUUCUAUUCCCCUCUCGUACCAAGAUGCCCAGCCAAUCUUGCAAGCUAUGGACGGCUUCGGCACACCUGGCAAACAGGUCGGCAGGGAGAAUUGGGUUGGAGCGUUGAACGCUUCUUACUCCACUGGCCCAAGCGACGCCACCAUUGACAUGAGCAACUACAUGCGAGAUACUUACACUGAUCUCUGGAAUGCCAUUGGCGUAAUCAACGGAACGAAUGCUGACGAAACGAUUGUGAUUGGUAACCACCGCGACGCCUGGAUUGUCGGAGGAGCUGCCGAUCCUAACAGCGGCACUGCUAUCAUCGUGGAGCUGGGCAAAGUAAUGGGAAGACUGAUGCAGAAUGGCUGGCAACCAAAGCGAAACAUCGUCCUCUGCUCAUGGGAUGGAGAGGAGUAUGGUCUCGUUGGCAGCACCGAGUGGGUGGAGCAAUACAUCCCCUGGUUGACCGGGACGGCAAUGACAUACCUGAACAUCGAUGUCGGCGCCAGCGGGCCGCAUCCGAGUAUCUCUGCCACACCAGAGCUCCAUCAGGUGGCUGUGGAGCAAAUGCAUAAGGUCAUGUGGGAGAGCCUGCGAGGGAACAGGACGAUGUACGAUGUCUGGCUCGAAGAUACUGAAGGCGAAGUCGGAGUGCUAGGCAGUGGUAGCGACUACACCGCCUUUCUGCACAAAGGAAUGGCAUCCAUGGACAUGGGCUCCGACGGCGACGUCGAUGCUGGUGACCCGAUCUACCACUACCAUUCAAACUAUGAUAGCUACCACUGGAUGGCCAACUUCGGCGACCCAGGCUUCCUCACACACAAGAACAUGGGCCAGUACCUCGGACUUGUGGCCUACCACCUUAUAAGCGAAGAGUUCGUCCCGCUCCAUCCGCUCAACUACGCCACGCAAAUGGACCUCUAUUACCAGGACCUCCGCGAUGUCAUUGGCAAUGCUUCGCAAGAUGUCGAUACGAGCGAGUUGCGUGAUGCGAUCGAUACCUUCCGCUCGCAAGCGGAGCAGGCUCAAGCGCUGGUGCAGCAGGCGAUGAGCAGUGGUGAUGCUGACUUGACAAAGGUUGUGAACGACAAGUAUCGUGACUUCCAGAGAGGUUUUACGAGCCAGGGUGGGCUGCCCAAUAGGGAGUUCUACCAGCAUGUCGUGUUUGCGCCGGGGUUGGAUACCGGAUAUGCGCCAGUGACAUUCCCAGGUAUCACUGAGUCAGUCGAGGCUGGUAACUUUACUCUUGCAGAAGACUGGGUUGGGAGAACCUCGAGGGCCAUUCGUGUUGCUGGCAAUAUAUUGAAGACGUGA